CUCAUUCCAUCCCAUCCCAUCCCCUACACUUUCUUUCUUUCUUUCUUUCUUCUACAUACAACUUAAUGGCACUAGAGGCUCUAAAUUCUCCAACCGCGCCACCCACGCCUUUAUUCCGCCAAGACUCCUUCAACCAUGCCCGCUAUUUGGAGUCAUGGACCAAGGGAAAACGCUCCAAACGACCGCGUAACGAAACCCCACCAACCGAAGAACAAUACCUAGCACUUUGCCUCAUGCUUCUAGCACGUGGCGAUGUGCGCAAUACUUCUUCCGAAUCCAAAAUUCAAUCGGUUCACCCUUCAAUCGCUGACGCUACACUUGUUUACAAGUGUAACGUGUGUAACAAGGCUUUUGCAUCUUAUCAAGCUCUUGGUGGCCACAAAGCUAGCCAUAGGAAGAAUAAUAACAAUAAUAAUAAUAAUUCUAGUGGAGCUGACGUGGAACAGUUAGUUACAACAAACUCAACAACCACUAGUACUGGUGGGAAAACUCAUGAGUGUUCCAUUUGUCACAAGUGUUUUCAAACUGGACAAGCGUUAGGUGGACAUAAAAGGUGUCAUUAUGAAGGUACCGUUGGCGUUACUUCGUCCAAUCAUAGCCAGCCACGUGGCUUUGACUUGAACCUUCCAGCUUUGCCGGAAAGUAUUUUCAACGGAUUCGCCGACGAGGAGGUGGAGAGCCCUCACCCGGCUAAAAGAUCUCGGAUGUUUGCGCGAUCCGGUUAAGCUUAAUUUAGAUCAAGGUAGAGAUCAUUAGAUUUUGAUUACUUACUAUACACAAGUUUUGAGUGAUGGAUUUAGCAGUUUUGAAUUUUGUUAAUUAGAAGAUUGAGUGGAUCAGUUGUUGAAUUCUUUGUAUAAUAGUUUUUGGUAAUGUGAAUUUUAUUUAUUUU